AUGUCGACUAAGCAAAGCCGGUCGAAGACCGGAUGCUUGACGUGUAAAACCAGGCGCAAAAAAUGCGACGAACAACGACCGACUUGUGAAAGAUGUGCCAGGGCAAAGAUGGAGUGUUUAGGAUACUCUUAUCUUGAUAAUCCAGAGGAGCUAGCACAGGCGAGGGCGAAGAUUGCUGCUAGUAGAGUUGCUCGCACUUCCGAACAACCAAACUCCCCCGUUGGUGCCGUUGCUGGACCGAGCCAGUUCGCUGCAUGGAGGGGGCACCCUAUACCAACACGGAGCGAGAGCGUCCCCACUCCAUCUGGCAUGGCUGCGAGUGGUCUCCCAAGCCAUGAUUUCGUCGUACGCGAUACCGCGCGUUCAGAGGGAGACGCUACACACCUCGAUGUAAUGGAGUUCCCGUUCUUGUCCCAGUCUUCGGGUCCGAACACUCUUGACGGUCAAUCCCACGGACAAACAAGCGGCUGGUGGGGAGCAGCGGGUCCUGGUACCGGUAUAGAUAACUCAGGGGUUGGCCAAUCAUUUACUGGACAAACUUCUACAUCAGCUUCCUCUGGCCACCAAUCUGUCUCAGUCGAAUUUCAUCAACCCAGGCACUCUGAAGACAACCAAUUGUUUAUAGCUAGUGGUAUCAGUCAUCCCAAUUACCCAAUCUCGGGCGUCAAUCAGUCUCGGCGGAGUAGAUCUGAGGCAGCUAGAUAUUCCAACGAGGACUCCUUAUACGACCACGACUCAGACUCUAGUGACGAUUCUGACCACGAUAACAUAACUGAAAUUGUAUGUGGGGGUGAACCCCGCCCGCGUGAUGGGAACGACGUGUUACCUUUCAUCUUGCAAUCUUACUCUUGGUGGAUGUCCCAAACGGUAUUUGAGCCAAUGCGUUCCGCACAUCUUUUGCGAAGCCAUAUUAUUGAACGAUUCAUGGCAUCCGAGGAAUCGCGUACAACACUCACAUCUAUCGCCAAUAUAGUAAGGACCGUUGGAAAAUCCUCCGGAUUGACUCCCAACCAAGUUUCACAUAUUCGAAUGCUUCAUAGGCGAGUGCAAAACAACAUACUCUUAUUCAACGCCAGCGAACCCCACAUAUAUGAGCAAGGGACACAACAGGCUAUGAAAACCUUAAAUUCUGCGCUUGAGAUUAUGCCGUUGCAUUUAGCCACAAGCUCCUUGGCGACCAGCGUGUCCCUUUUGCGUGAGGUCGCUCUCGCUUUCAAGCGUGCUGUACUCGAGCCUCCUGGACACCCAAUUAACCUUCCUAGCAAACUUAUAGUUCCAAACGCCGACUUAAGGCAGUACUCUUCUAUGGAUGUUAUGACAAGCCUGGGAACUGGGUGUCCGAUGAGCUUCCAGUACGAUGUCACCUAUUCAGACCCCGUACUGGGUGCAUCUGGGGUAUUCGAUGCGGCUGAUGCUUUAGGUCUACAAUGGAUGUAUGGAUGCCCCGAGUUUUUUAUUAUCCUACUCGCUCGCAUGCAUAAUAUCAGGGAUGAUGCUACCCGACGAAUAGACGUGCAGGAAGUAGGCGAAAUCGAACAAUCGAUCCGAGGCUGGCAACCCAGAUACCCCCUGUCUCAGGAUCCGCAUCUUGCCGUCGCCCGACUGGCAGUUCAAGAGUGUUGGAGGCAGACAUUGCUGAUAUACUUAUACAUGGGUAUCUGUAAAACAACUUCUGACGACCCUCGAGUGCAAGAUGCCCACAGGAGUUUUAUGAAGCUUAUCAAAACUGUUCAACCAAGAAGAAUUCCUGACCUUUUUCUUUUACUACCGUUCUUUGUGGUUUCAGUUGCAUCCUGCCAUACGGCAGACAGGAACAAGAUCUACGGACGUAUGCGAAACAUCCGCGAGUGUCGAACCUCUGGUACUGCUGGCAGUGACUUGGUAGACAUGGUAGUCGAUAUUUGGAGAAGAGCGGACUCUGAGAAUCGUCCGGCUUUGUGGGUGGAUGUGCAAGUCGCAUUCCGCCGGGUAACUGGCCUCUAA